AUGAGCUCUCGUGCUGGCGGCCUGUACGGUGGCGUCACUUUCUCGAGUGGCGCUUCUGUCCCGUCAGCUCCAAUCAACGACGAUGCUGUUCCAGAAGAAAUAGCCAAACCUGCUCAGCCAGAACCAACAGUUGCAGAAACAGCAGUGACCGAAGAUGAAUCCAAGGCAAUGCCUGCCGCUAGCAAGGGCUGGUCAGCCGCACUCGCGUUUGCGCCCACACGAAGGACUGCACCACAAAAGGCCAAGGCAAUUGCCCCAAGACUUCCCGUUGGCGCGGCCCUUACUGCUAUUCCCGCCUCUGCUGUUGUUUCGUCUACGGCAGUCGUUUUUGCGGCCCCAGUUCCGGCCGCAGAGCCCGCAAAAAAAGAACCCGAGCCUGGCUGGGGGAAGAAGGUCAAGCCACCGUCGAUGGUUCUCGACGAGGAUGUCAACGGCUUUAAAUCGAACCAGAAAAGAAAAGGAGGCGGUGGGAAGCGAAGCAAAAAGAACAAGCACGCGGCUCCGAUACUGACAUGGGACCCCGAUGAGCCAUACGACCCGCUCCGGCCGAAUGACUACAACGAAUACAAAGUUUGGAAACAAAAAGACCGCAUUGAGCGCAGGGAGCGGCUUCUUGAAGAGCGGAGACAAGAAGUUGGCAAACGAGCGAGGCGCGGUGGGAGCUACUCUGACAGCGACAAUACGGACAGUGAAGAUGACGAACGACCAAAAAAAACUGGUCGUUUUGAGGAGGUUGAUCGCUGGACCCCAGCCCCAAUUCCUGUCGCCUCAUCCGGAGAUGAGGCUUACCAACGACGCCUUGCCAUGCCGUCUGCGCCUGCUGAACCUUCUGUCAAAUCAGCCGAAACGGGUGAUGAAGCCUACCUUCGACGAGUCGCCUUGUCUUCUGCCAGCCGACAACCACCAGCACCAGCACCACCACCUGUCGCACGUGAACCUUCUCCUCCUGCUUUGGCCUAUAAUCCGUUUGCACCUCCAACUGCACCGCCACCUCCAGGCCCUCCUUCAGCAAUUGCAGCUGCUGUAGAUGCGCGCACUAAAGCUGCUGCCGCCAUCGCGGCUCGUCUUGGUGCCCUCGGGCCUCCAAAAGAAGAGGAAGCCCCUCCCAAAAAACCAGACCCUCACGGCUUCGCUGCCAGACUGAUGCAGAAAUGGGGGCACACAGCGGGCCAGGGCCUUGGCGCGGAUGGCUCUGGUAUCGUCAACGCUCUGACGGUCGAGCAAGUGUCGCAUGGCAAGAAUAAAGCUGGGCCGUCUGGGAAAGCGAUUGGCUCGCAGAUGGGCAAGAUCAUCAAUAACAACGAGGACUCAAAGGCUAGGGAGGAUAGGGAACGCUUUGGCGAGCCAAGCCGUGUGGUUGUAUUGACCAACAUGGUUGGCGUCGAUGAGUUGGAUGAUGAGCUUAGCGGCGAGAUAGGCGACGAAUGCUCAAAGAACGGAGUUGUCGAGCGAGUGGUUGUCCAUGUGGUCAACCCUCCGCCAGCCAACCCAGAGGAAGCCGUCCGCAUUUUUGUGGUCUUCGGGGGUCCUGUUGGUGCUUGGAAAACAGUCCGUGAAUUGGAUGGUCGAUUCUUCGGUGGGAGGACCACCCGAGCGCGCUACUUCCCCGAGACCACUUUUGCGCAACACGCUCUGAAUGUACCCAUAUAA